AUGCCAGUCUCUAAACCCAAACGGCAGCAGCAAAAACCCACCGCCAGCCGUGAAAUCCCAACGCCAGCAUCGAAAACGCAACGCCAGCCUCUAAACCCCAACGCCAGCCGCAAAACCCUAACGCCAACCGCGAUACCGCAACCUCAGCCGCGAUACCGCAACCUCAGCUGCGAAACCCCAACCUGCGAACCUCCAACGCCAGCCGCUAGACCCCAACUCCAGCCACGAGCAACCAACCCCAGCCACGAGCAACCAACGUCAGCCGCGAAACCUCAGCGCCAGCCGCGAAACCCCGAUGCCAUAGGCGUAACCCCGCCAGCCUCGAAACCCCACCAGCUGCGAAAUCCCAACUCCAGCCGCAAAGCUCCAACGUCAGCCGCGAAACCCCAUCGCCAUCCGCGAAAACCCAACUCCAGCUGCGAACCUCCAACGCCAGCCGCUAGACCCCAACUCCAGCCACGAGCAACCAACGCCAGCCACGAGCAACCAACGUCAGCCGCGAAACCCCAGCGCCAGCCGAGAAACCCCGAUGCCAUAAGCCUGCGAAAUCCCAACUCCAGCCGCAAAGCUCCAACGUCAGCCCCGAAACCCCAUCGCCAUCCGCGAAAACCCAACUCCAGCUGCGAACCUCCAACGCCAGCCGCUAGACCCCAACUCCAGCCACGAGCAACCAACGCCAGCCACGAGCAACCAACGUCAGCCGCGAAACCCCAGCGCCAGCCGAGAAACCCCGAUGCCAUAACCGUAACCCCGCCAGCCUCGAAACCCCACCAGCUGCGAAAUCCCAACUCCAGCCGUAAAGUUCCAAGCUGCGAACCUCCAACGCCAGCCGCUAGACCCCAACUCCAGCCACGAGCAACCAACGCCAGCCACGAGCAACCAACGUCAGCCGCGAAACCCCAGCGCCAGCCGAGAAACCCCGAUGCCAUAACCGUAACCCCGCCAGCCUCGAAACCCCACCAGCUGCGAAAUCCCAACUCCAGCCGUAAAGUUCCAACGUCAGCCGCGACCCCCAACGCCAGCCGCGAAAACCCAACUCCAGCUGCGAACCUCCAACGCCAGCCGCUAAACCCCAACUCCAGCCACGAGCCACCAACCCGCGAACCCCCUACGCCAGCCCUAAACCCCAACGCCAGCCGCGAAAACACAACGCCAGCCGUGAAACCCCAACGCAUACCCCCAACGCCCGCAGCUACACCCCAACGCAAACCCCCAACGCCCGCAUCUGCAACCCAACGACAGCCGCAAAACCCCAACGCCAGUCGCGAAACAUCGCCAGCCGCGAAACCACGCAAGCUGCAAAAUCCCAACGCUAGCCACGACCCCGCAACGCGCACCGAACGUGCAGUGCCAGCCGCGAACCCCCAACGCCAGCCGCGAACCUCCAUUGCCAGGCGCGAACCCCCAACACCAGCUGCGAAACCCAAACGGGAGCCGCGAAACCCCAGCGUCAGCCGCGAAACCCAAACGCCAGCCGCGAAAUCCCAACGCCAGCCGCGAAGCCCCAACGCCGACUGCGAGACCCCAAUGCCAACCUCUAAACUCCAACUUCAGAUUCUAAACCCCAACGCCAGCCGCGAAACCCCAACGCCAGGCGAGAAACCCCACCGUCAGUCGCGAAACCCCAACGUCAGUCGCGAAACCCAGACGACGGCAGCGAACCCUCAAUUCCAGCCGUGA